AUGCGUAGAAGCUUCGGAAAAAUCCAGGACUGUGAACCUGCAGAUAUAGUCGACACUUUUCGAGUGAAGAUACGAAAGCCGUCCCGCUCAAGCUCAAAGGCAAAGGUGACACUUGUCCCUGCCCAAUUGAAGACGCCGCGAGCAGACAGAAAGCUUUCAGACAGGUCGAAUAACAGUUCGAGGACGAAGCGUAUCGAGGAGCUACUAAAAUCUGGGGAUUUGGCGGAUGGAAGAACCCUUCAGAUUGGCGACGGUUCCUUCUUGGACGCGAAUUUGUUUGUUCCCUUUGAAUUGGAAAUGGGUAACUCAAACCAAAAUAGACCCAACGACUACCUUCGUGACUGGAAGGAAAACAAACAAAAGGAAUUCUUGGAAGAGAUCAUCUCAAGGGCAGCCUCUGAUAUCGGUGCUGGGUGCUCCAAUUGUCGACAGGCAUGCGACGUUGUCUGGAGGUGUCGUGACUGCUUUUCAAUGCGGGUACUCUGCACCACCUGCUGUAGAGUGGAACACGCUCACACCCCGUUCCAUCGCGUCGAAGUGUGGAACGAAACCCAUUUCGCAACCUCGUGGCUAUGGCGGACCGGCCUUGUCAUUGAUUUAUGUAAAACUCGGUCAUGCUCGCUUCGUUCAACAACACCAUGGGUGCCAAUCCCUGACAGCAAUGACCCAUCGUAUGGAGCCAAACCAGACUGGCGCACCUGGGAGGAAUUCGACGUUCUGGUGGUUGUCCACUCGAACGGAGUUCACCACCUCCCUGUUCAUUUCUGCACCUGCGCGGAUGCCCCAGCGGACGAAGUCCAGCUUCUCCGUCACGAUCUCUACCCCGCGUCGCACAAAGAUGUCCGAACGGCUUUCACGUUUGCAGUCUUGGAUGAAUAUCUUCUCCAGAAUCUCGAGUGCUAUACAUCAGCGCUGCACUUUUACUCCAAACUUCGCCGUCUAACCAACGAGGCGUUCCCCAAAAAGGUUCCCGAUCGGUACCGGGAGCUCCUUCGUUGUGGCCGAGAAUGGCGAAUUCUGAAAGACCUCAAGCGCUUCGGAUUUGGCCACACAGGCUGCCAGCCCAAUGAAGGAGAGUUGGCGCUCUUCUGCGCAGCCUGUCCUCAGGAUGGGAUAAAUCUACCGGCAGACUGGAGGACACAGGGCGACCAAUGGCGCUUUUCCAUGACACUUGUUGCGGACGGGAACUUCACCCUCGUUCAUCGUAAACAGAAAGGAGAUGAUGAUGUAUGGUUGCGAAACGGAGAGGGAUAUCUGGUUGAGACGUCCAAAUACGAGGAGCACCUAAAGAAAACCACUGAACCUUUGCAGGCAUCUACAUGUCACGAACACCGGGCUGUCGAAGAUCGUUCAAAGGUCCAUAAAGGUUGCGAUGUUACGGGUGUUGGGGCCCUUGCGUGUUCUCGACACGGGGCGUUCGCUCCCAGUAGUGUGGUUGGGUUUCAAAAAGGAGAAAGGCAGAUGAAUAUGGAUUACGGACUUAUGGGUGCUGUCCGCACCUCUAGAGCAGACCGUGCACCCAGACUAAACUUGCUGUACGACAUUAAUUGUCAGUACAGUGUGCACUUGCGGGAUCGUUUUGCAACGAGCGAAACCCUGUCCCUGUCCGAGGAUCUGCCAAUCGUGUUUGGGAUUGGCAAGUUUCAUGUCUUUGGACACCAAGAAGGCUGUUACGCCCGUUAUUCCCCUUCGUUCAUAGACGGGAUCGGUCAGACCUCGGGCGAGAUUUUGGAAUCACUCUGGUCGACACUCAACGAGUCUGCAAGGGCUACACAGACAAUGUCUCUUGCCCAUCGGACAGAAGUUCUGGACGCACACAUCGGGGACAGUAAUUGGAAAAAGAUGAUAUCUUUGGGUCAUAACUUGAGUGUCGCUUACCCCAAGGCAAUGAAGGAACUGCACGAGGCUGAAGAAGCAUUCAACCUUUUGGACGCCACGGCUUCAGAGUCCCAACGUAUAACAUGGGACCAACAACUCUCAAGCGGGCUAGCAAAACGAGCUAAGGAGGGAGAUGCAUCAGCAAUGGAUUUCCUGAAUGUGUCCAUAGAAAAGCCACCUACAAGAGCCAAGGUCCAGCACGAUCUAAUGUUGCUGGAACAACGGGGUGACCAGCAGAUUGGGGUGACGUCUUGGAUUACAUUGGGCUUCAAGAUACAAGAUGCUCAACUUGCAACGAAGGCUUAUCGUCGAGGACUACCGCGCGCCGAUCUGCGGACAGAUAACCAGAAUUUGGAAUUGGUCCGCAGGCAAGAGCACCUGCGGAACGAAAUAACGCGCUUCCUCGAAACGGGGGCCUCGUUGUUCCCGCAGGUGGACAUGGAGGAAUACCCCUGGGUCAAUCCGCCGGAAAGUAACCCAGUGAUCGAGGGGUCCGAGGAUGACUUUGCUAUGGAGAUCGAUAGCGACAAUCCGUUCCUCGACGGCGAUCGAGAUCCAGAGGACAUGGAGAUUCCGCUACCGUCCUCCUUUGCGACCCUUCCAGAUCAGAUGAAGUCCGCUGCAUCCAAGGAGAUAAAACUUCGCAUAGCCCAAGCAAACGACGCCCUUGAAGCCAUUCGAACGGACAUUGGGCACAAAUCCUUCCUCUAUCGUUCCAACAUCAGACUCGCGGAUGGGAAAAAGGAAAAGACCAGGGGCUACGCUGCUGUGAAGGCUGUAAACCAAAGUAUGCGACAUCACAUCCGACUUUAUAAUCAGGCGAGGUGGGCAUUACGAAGGCUCAACGCUAGCCCUUCCCUACUUGAGAAAUAUAAGGACCUCAAGCCCGAACAUACGAAGGCCAUAACAGCCAUAUACCACCCAAACGCCCCUGGCCAAUCGAAGACAGUCCUCUCUUGGAUCUGGAACCUGGAUGUCAGCGGUGACUCGCAGAAGGCCCCAUACCUCGAGGAAUUGUACCGCAUCAAUUGGCUGCGCGCAAAAUGUCGCAUGGAACGCUGGAGGGAAGAAGUGGUCCUCCUGAAGGAGGAAAUGACAUGGAUUUCUAAUUUCUUCAAAUUCAAAGAAGACACUGCCCGCAGCUGGGCGACAUUGGGCCCAGAUAAACCCGGGCACCGGGCUUACGCUGAACAGCAAGCGGGAGUAUGGAGGCGCUUGCGUGCGGACGGGGAUGAGAUGUUCCGCGACGCGCGGACUGCGGGGGAAGUGCUGAUCCGCCAGCUGCGGGGUGAGACCGGUACCAACACUGACCUCAAUUGA